AUGGUUUAUCCCAACCCGAGGACGGAGAAGAGGCGCGUCGUUUGCAUAUUGUUGAUCAUUGUGACCACGAUUCCCCUGGUGGGAGCGAUACUGCUGGACAUCUACAACUCCUGGAACAGAGGAGACAUCGUCAACAUCAUCCGACACAGCACAGUGGUGGGCCCCUUUGCGGGCGGCAUUUUGAAGAUGUUCCUCAUGUACUACAAGAGGCACUCCGGUCAGUACAUCAUAGAGGAGAUCGACAGCGACUAUUCGCACUACAAUAGCCUGCCGGAGACCUACAGGAGAAUCAUCGAUAAAAGCUUAGAGAACAGUUUAUUUUACAGCGAGAAGUGUUGGGCGCUAACCGUCACCGUGUGCGUGAUGGUGUUCCCGCUGAUGGCGGCCACGCAGACCACGUACAACUGUCUGUUCUCCUCGGAGCCCAUCAAGUACAUGGUCCACGACCUUAUUGUGCCCUUCGUGGAGCCCAAUCAGAGGUUCGAGUCGCCCAUCUUCGAGGUGGUGUUCGCGUACAUGAUGUAUGCCAGCCUGCUGUACGUCAUAUACUUCAUCGGCUAUGACGGGUUCUUUGGGCUGUGCAUCAACCACGCUUGCCUGAAGAUGGAGCUGUACUGCCGAGCGCUGGUGGAAGCUAUGAAGGAGGAUGCCGACAUCGCCAUGCAUGAGAGGAUAGUGCGCGUCGUACAGGAGCAGAUCAAAUUGAAAAGGUUCGUGGAGCUAAUACAGGACACGUUCAACUUCUGGCUCGGACUCAUCCUCGUCGCUACGAUGAUUCAGAUAGGCACGUGCAUGUACCUCAUAUCGGAGUCCUUAGAGACGGCAACGCAGAUAUACUGCGCGGGCUGGGAGUCUGUGUCUUCUAACAAAAUCAGAAAAUUCUUAGUGUUCAUGAUAGCCCGAGCGCAGAUACCUCUCGAGAUAACUGCGUUUAAUCUAUUGAUAUUCGACAUGAACUUGUUCGUGAGGAUACUGAAUUCUUCGUACUCUAUGUACACGCUGCUGCGCUCUUAAGGGCAAGGAGAUUCAUUUUUAUUGAUACUUUUAAUAUUUUUUAGUUUCUUUUACUAACUACUGUGUGCACUCACUGAAUACAUUACGUAUUAUCAUCUAGUUUCACAGUGUAAUUCCUAAAAUUAAUACAAUACUGAAAUAUUA